UAAUUUCCAAAUGUCAAUUUCGGAGUUUUGGUUAUGCCGGCUAUCAAUAACGUAUCCAGAAACAUAUCAUUACGUAUUUAUGAACAGUUGGUAGUUGUUAGGGUUCAGAUUCGGGAAUAUGGAUCCAUUGUCAGAUUGAUUCAGUAUAAUCGACUACAAAAGUUUGUUAAACAGUAGCUUUGGCAUUAAGGAUAUAGAAUAUGAGAGUGAACGAUAACCGGCUGUUGAUAUACGUGACCGUACCCUUGUGCGUCUUCAUCUUGAUCUUUAUCCAUGACGUCAUCAUCACGCGGGAGGAGGCUGCUCGUUUAGCGGAAAUGGUAAAUGGACGCUACGCUGUAAUCAUCAACACGGAGGUCUUCAUGAAUCAACCCGCUGAAUUUAACGGUGGUAAUAUACAGCAUGGUUUCAUAAAAUCAAAAGUGGAGAUCGACAAACCUAAAGAACCAAGAGUGGGAAUCGAUUCCAGGGAAACGCCAGAUUUUAACGUAGCUUUACGAAAUUCGAGUAACUGCAACUCUAGCCUGUUUUUGUCCCUCGGAAAUCUCGCGAGAACUCGACUAUAUUGGCAAAUGAAGCUUUAUAUCACAAGUAACGGCUACAAGAAAGUUAACGUUAUAAUGUUGACAGAGGAGUACUUAGAAGCCGCUCUUAAUUGGAUGGUGACAUUCCAGCUAUUCCAGAAUAAACGAUUUCAACAGAUCCUAUUCAUCACCCCAGAUCUCUCGAUUCUAAACUAUCUCACCGAGCGUAAUUUAGAUUGCAUCUAUGCCGAUGUCCAUGAUAUCAUGUACCCUGGAUACAGGAUUGACAUCAAAUCAAUCUGGUUCCUGAGACUAGCAGUCUGGAGAUUGAUCAAUCACUUUGGCUGUGAUGCGUAUAACUAUGACGCAGAUGCUCUACCGCUAAAGGACCCAAAUACAGUGUAUGAUAAUUAUCUGAAUGAGACCAUAGUCGGUACAAUGUCUGGGUAUACACCACUUGAACUACAGCGACUUUGGGGAUUCACGCUGAACAUGGGUACCAUCAUUUUCAGGAAGACAGCUGUUAAAAGUCCAUUUUGGGAUUUCGCGCAUACACUGAUGGCUGAAGCGACUGGGCGUGGUCCACAAAGUGAUCAGUAUGUCGUCAACAUGGUUCUCGCUAAGAUGAACAUAAAAUGGUCGAGACAUAUUCCACCUGAUUGUGAACCUGAUGAAUGUAAAAAUACACCUGUGUAUGGGCGUACAGAUUACGACCUUAGAGUUGCUACCAUACCCGUACAAUUCUUUUGUAGACGGGCCUGUCGAACCAGAGACAUACAUAACUACACAAUAUGGCACCCACCAGCCAGACUAACAAAAAAAAGAUUGUGGUUUUUAAAGAAUAAUUGGAAAUCAGUCGAUAACCAAUACCAUUUUCUUUCGACGUCUGAAUGGCUUAAGCGACUAGCUAAUCAUACGGCCUUCAAUAAUUUUAAUAGAUAUGGUCUACAGAGUAUACUGUAGAUACCUUUAGUUCUGAGAGCCAUGAA